AUGGAGGUGGAUCUUACCAAGGAUUUGCCAAAAUCCGUAAAGGUUGGCAAAAAGGGUCGUAAGCAUGAACAAGUCUUCACAUUCGAGCAUAUUCCAUCAUAUUGCUUGAAAUGUUGCAAAAUUGGCCAUAAGGACAUUGAUUGUAGAGUUGGUAAACCCACGGUGCAAGUGAAUGAGUCGGACAAGAUUGAGGUUCUAGAGAAAAAGGGAAUCAAAAUCAAGUCAGCAAAGCCCAAAUGGACAUUGAAAGGAGGAGAUCCUAAAAGUAGACUGGAAGCUCAAAUAAUCAGUUUGAAUCCCUUGGUGGUCAAAGGGGUGGAAAAGGAAGCAAUGAUGGUGACGGAGAUAGUGGAAAGCCAGCCUGCGGCAAAAACCCUAGCGGCGCAGCUUGGUACGCACCAAGCGGGUGAAACCCUAGCUGCAGAAGUCAAGUCACGACAACUUGAAUCCUAUUCUGGUAUAACUGCGAUGGAAAAAGAAGCAAUCCCGGUGGAUUUGCAGCCAUCCCCGAUUAGGACUGAAGCCGUCUGUGUUGAUGCGCCACCUCUUGUUCAAUCAGAAAAUCGAUUUUCGAUUCUCCAAGCUGCGGAGCAGGAUGACGUCAAAGAGAUGGAAAUGUCCAUUCUGAAGUUCAUACGCAAAGUCAAAAGGAGCAAGAUGAUAUUGGUGCUACAUUGA